AUGGCCAGCAAGCUUGCUCAGCCCAAGGAAUCACAGCUCAGGAUUGUGCUUGUUGGGAAAACUGGAGUUGGUAAGAGUGCAUCAGGAAACACCAUCUUGAUGAGAAAAGCCUUUGAAUCUAAGGUGCACUUUAAAUCACUGACAUCACAUUGUCAAAAGCAAACAGCAGAGUUUGGUGGACAAACACUGGCUGUUAUUGAUACUCCAGGUCUGUUUGACACUGGAAGACAACAUGAGGAAGUGGUGACAGAGAUUGGGAGAUGUAUCUCAAUGGCUGCUCCUGGUCCUCAUGUGUUCCUGGUUGUGAUCCAGCCAAACAGAUUCACAAAAGAAGAACAAGAAACAUUGAAAAUCAUUCAGAUGAUGUUUGGAGAACAGGCAGCAGAUUACACAAUGGUCUUGUUCACACAUGGAGAUGAUCUGAAGGAGGAAGAAGUCACCCUGGAUGAAUUAAUUGGUCAAAGUCCAGUUCUUCGUGAUUUCAUCAAGCAGUGUCAUGGAGGAUACCAUGUUUUUGAUAACAGAAACAAGGAUACUUCUCAGGUCAGUGAGCUGCUGAAGAAGAUCAAUGGAAUGGUUCAGAGAAAUGGAGGAAGAUACUACACCAGUGAAUUGUUUCAAGAGGCUCAGAAGGCCAUAGAGGAAAAAAUCAAAAAACUCCUGAAGGAAAAUCCAAGUAUGACAUACAGCGAAGCAAGAAAAAUUGCAGAGCAAGACAACUCAUUUAUUUCCCUUCUUGUUGCCAUGGCUGCCAGUGGUGCUGUUGGAGCUGCUGCAGGAGGAGGUAUUGGGUUGUUUGGGGGUCCAAUGGGAGCUGCAGCAGGAGCUGCAGCAGGAGCUACAGUGGGAGCUCUAAAGUAUGACCUGAGAGUGGUGCUGGUGGGUCAGGAGAGAGUGGGGAAGAGUUCAGCAGGAAACACCAUCCUGGGAAAGAAGGAGUUUGACUGUAAGUUCAGUAGCACACCUGUGACACUGAGAAGUGAGAAGAGAGAAGGCACAGUUCUGGAUCGCAGAGUCAGUGUGGUCGACACUCCUGGGCUCUUCAGCACUGAGCUGAGUGAAGAGAAGGUGAGAGCAGAGCUGAUGAAAGCAGUAGAGCUGAGCUCUCCAGGUCCACACGUCUUCCUCCUCACCAUCCAGCUCGGAAGAUUCACUGAACAAGAACAGAGAGGUCUAGAGACACUGGAAAUGAUGCUGUCCCCUGCAGUCACUGAUCACACCAUGGUGCUGUUCACUUAUGGAGACCGACUGGAAGAUACAGACAUAGAGCAGUUAAUCAGAGAAGAUGAGAACCUGAAGAAGCUGCUCAAGAAAUGUAGCGGCCAGUACCAUGUGUUCAACAACAGAGAGAUGGGAAACACUGAUCAGGUCAAAGAGCUCUUUGACAAAAUUGAUUCCAUGUCCAUGGGAUACUUCACACUCCAGCCCGGUGAUGUAGGAGGAUACUUCACACACAAGCUGUGUAAAGUGAGAAGAUACAUCACACUCCAGUGGUGUAAAGAUCACUGCAAAACUGUGAGCUCUGUUCAGCUGCAACCUGAUGCUGAAGACAGUUUCAUUCUGAGGAUCAACCUCAUGGAUGCACCAAGAGGACUGAACACAAGAUAG